UAAGGUGUCUCCUAUUAUUAAGAUUCUAGACGUGAUAAAAUCAAACUGUUGACCGUGUGUUGUUAUGUGAUUAAGUAAAUUUUGCUCUAUCGUAUAUUGCAUCAAGAAAGUGCCGCUUUUCGCUGUUAACUAUAUAAGCUUCAAUCACGCACCAAUUCGUCGGUUAAUGUAAUAUAAAGCGCUUUGUGCAGUGACGGAAAUGAGUUUAAUCAGCAAACCUACAAUAUUCUAGAAAAGUCUACCGCGCUAGUACUAGUGUCGCAGUGGUAUCAUGAAAUUGGCGGGUAGAAAAAGCAUUUUAUUUUGAGUUAUAUUUCACUCGGACGAGGAUUAUCACGGAAAGAGCCAGGAUAAUGAAUAUAGCAAUAAUGAAUAUUUCGUCGACAAGGUUUUCCUCACUGCUAUUCCAGCUGAAGUCAAGGUCGACGUGGCAGACAGCCACAGAAACAGGCCUUUUUGGAUUUCUGACGUUAACAGCGUUUAUUGGCAACUUUCUCUGUGUAGUGGUUUAUAUCAAGAAGCGACACUGCACCCCGCUUAACUUUGUGAUUCUCUCCUUGGCAGGGAAAGACCUUCUCCAGUGUUUAAUCACGAUGCCUGUUCAACUGGGCGUCCUAGUAGCAGGAAGAUGGCCUUUUAACACACUUAUGUGCAGAUUUCAAGGCUUUCUUACCCCAUACUUUCACCAGGUCUCCAUCUUUACGAGUGUUUUAGUUGCUGUAGGUGUAUUCAUGGCGCUAUCGAGGGUGCGACCGUUCCGUGUUAUAUCUGAGCUCCAUAUUAAGCUCAUCAUUUGUUGCGGCUGGUUUCUCUCUUCGGUUUGUGUUCUAGUGUUUGUCUUACAGGGCAACUCUCUGGUUUUCCAUCCUGGAAAAUUAAUGUGUGUGUUUGAUUACCGCACAAUGGACUAUGUUACGGCUAUAACCAUUCAAAUAAUAUUCACUAUCCUUCCUCUCGCAGCUAUCAGCGCGCUAGUUAUGUCUAGUAUUUGUAGUUUUAGGAAACGCCAGGCACAAGAUAUCUUGCUCUGCGUAAGUCAUGACAAUACUAUUCCCUUCCAAGAUAAUAUCAGGAUGAGCAAGUGUUCUAAUAGCCAACCGGAACUCCCACGAAAUUCUAGUCCUAACAUACCCAACAAUAUAUUGGAUGGAGGAUCUCCCCAAAUCGAUCCAAUUUGCAUCAUGCUGACAACUACAUCUGGGAAUUCUCGGAAAGGAAACAUCAAAAUGGAUGAAAAAAAUACCAAAAAAGAUAUAACGCCUGGAAACUUUAUUAUCUCUCGCAGGAAAAAGAAGCGCAGACUCAAACCAAAAGACAAAGUCGAGGACGUCGUCAAGGCCUUAAUAGCAGUAAAUGUGGUGUCGAUUAUUUGUUACACGGUUUCUUUAGCUAACGAGAUGUCAGAGUGUGUUUUGAGGCAACACUGGAGUGCUGGGUGGGCCUACUUGUUAUACUGUCUUAUCAUGUCUUUGCGUGGAGUUGUCACGCCUGUACUCUAUGCAAUGUUCAAUCCAGCAUUUCGAGAAGAAGUGUCCAAGCUUUUUCUAGUAGAAACAGGACAAUUUAGAUAAAACUUAGGGCACGAGCUGCAGAGUUUACUAUUUCAUGCGAACCACACAAGUGAGUUUAUCAUAAUAUUUUUAAACAGAACUGAGAUGCACUAGUAACAGGCAUUGAAGUAAGAGAGCUUGAGUUUAUAUCUUUAAUAUUCAGGAAAAAAAUUGUAUUUAACUACAGCUAAUCGAGUGAUUGUAUGAGGACUCUUCCCUCACCAAACCCAGUCAUAAAACUAUGGUUUAUGUACUAUUUUUAAAAAGCUCGAUCUUUUAAAAAACUCGAUCUUUGAGUGUUUUGAAUGGCUUCAAAACGUCAUUAAUUUCAAUCGUUAUUUUUGCCUAAUCGCAAUGCAAAACAUAUUUAAUACAGUAGCUUCUAUUGACCUUCCUUUGUACAUGGUUGUUUAAAAAAAAUGCUUAAAGAAUACGAAGAUAAGCCUGAUAAGUGUGGCGCGGGAAAACUUGAAUUUCAAAUUGAUAUUGCAUUUAGAUGUUGUGUAAAGCAAGCCUUUUCUUUGAGCAUUACAUGAACUCCUGUUGAGUCGGUUUAAUAACGCAAAAAUGCCUCCUAAAAGAGUAUUUCGACCAGCUAACACUGCAGAGGAGGAAGCAACUUUAUUUGAGAACUGUGUUCCUCGGCCAACCAAAAGUUCUACUAAGUGUACAUUCAAGGUUUUUGCAGAAUGCCAAUUGCAGAGGGCUACAAGGACUCAAGCAAGGAGCGGUAGAGAGAGCUUUUCCAGUAUUUUAGUUUUAUUUCAUAUGAAAAUUAGGUACGGGUUUUAUAUAAAAAAUCACCUUUGUUAGUAUUCUUUAUGUACCAUGUUCAUCCUAAUUUGCAUCUCUUUAAAGUCGCUAUUGUUACCCGUAAUUCCCUGCAGAUAAAUUCAAUUCCCUCCCCACACUUGUAGAAUGUAGAGGGGAUUAUGUGGUAAAAAAAAACACAUCCUCGUGACUAAAUCCCGUCAUCCGAUUGGGUAAAAUGGCUAUUGAAUAUUAAUGAGUUUUUGAAAGUGAGUAUUACGCCUAGAGGUUCACAAGAGUCGCAUUUUCUUGCCGCUCUAGGAAAUUUCGACGACGACGUUAGCACGCCGUUAAUUGCACAAACAAAUUGAAUAAAUAAGUAGCUCGACCCAACGGCUUUAUGGUCGAACCGCAACUGAACAGAACGAUUCCUUUCUGAAACGACGUUUAAUUCAGAACUUACUAGGUGUUAUCAAGUUGUUACUUGGAGAAACAACCCCUAAAACAUCACAUGAACAUUUUGGUGCAAUGUAUCCUGGUACGAGCUUAUACCCUUAUCAUUCAAGUGAAAAUUACAGAAAAUUACAGAAAAACAAUUACAGAAAAGCUUUAAAUAUCUGAGCCAAAAUAUAAUCUAUUACAGUCAUUAAUUAUUAUUCUAGCAUAAAAAGCAUAGUUAUCAAUUGGGCUCGGCUAUGUGAAGCGACAUGGUUCUACAGCGCCCUGGGGGUAAAUACUACAAGCUAAUGAGUUAAAAUUGAGCUCAUGAUUUUAAUAAUCCUUGUAAUAAUAUAUGAUUGAUCAUUAUUUACUCAUCAAUUUCAUCAAUGACUAAGACAACAUCCUGCGUAAGGGAGGCUUCUGCAAAUGUUACUGAUUGGUUAUUUAAAGGCUUCCUUGGGUAUGUGGACAUGAUGACGUACUGAGAUGAGGAAUAGCCAAGAAACUCUGCAUACUGAUAUAGGUCCUGGAAAACAGAGGAUCACCUUCAAUAA